CCCCCGCCCCCCCCCCCCAGUUAUCCUGAAGGUCAGUGCAGACCAUGGUGAAGCUGUCUGCCAAAUGCAUCGUGGCAGGUGAUCCAGCUGUGGGAAAGAGUGCUUUGGUCCAGAUGUUCUGCAAUGAUGGGGCUCAUUUCCAGAAAAACUACACUUUGACAACAGGAGUAGAACUGCUGGUGAAGACAAUACCUGUUCCAGAAACCAGUGAUAGUGUGGAACUUUUCAUCUUUGACUCAGCAGGCAAGGAACUGUUUUCUGAGAUGCUAGAGAAAUUGUGGGAACAGCCCAAUGCCAUGUGCAUUGUAUAUGAUGUCACCAAUGAGCAGUCAUUCAAUAACUGUGCCAAGUGGCUAGAGAGGUUGAGAACCCAGACUUCUGGAAUACCUAUCCCAGGUGUGCUAGUGGGCAAUAAGACGGAUUUGACUGAUAGGCGGGUUGUGGAGCAGAAACAGGCACAAGAGUGGGCAGAGACCAGUGGCCUAGAAUACUGCGAGAUAUCAGUUAAAGAGAUGGAAAAUUAUGAAGUCCCUUUUCACAUUGUGGCAAAUUCCUUUCACCGAUUAUACAGAGAGAAGGUGGAAAUCUUUCACUCGCUUGUACCUCGUAUUGUUUGUUAACCAGAGCCAAG